AGUGUGAGGCGCGCCGGCUGGUUCAACUCCGGCCGCCGCGCCGAAACCAGCAGCGGUCCGGGUCGAACCAGCACCGGCCUCGGGAGGUUCCGCCGCCUACUCUGCCGCUGUUCCAACUGCCGCUGUAGAGCCACUGGGAUGCGCACCACCGGCAGGGGUUCGUCGGGACUGCGGACCGUGAGGCCCCGUCGGGGCGCCAGGAGCAACCGAGCCACGAGGGAAAAGAGCCGCACCGGCCGCGCUAGAGCCAUGUUUCCCUUAGGGCGGGAGAGGCGCACAUCAGUGACGUCACGGACGCGCCGCGGCCUAGCGUACGGUGGCUGGCGAGGCUCAGUACGGUGUGUGGAGCUGGAGCACCGUGAGGAAGAAGCGAGGUUCUCUUUAAGAGUUCAGCUGCGAGCCAAGGUUCACUCUCUACUCCCUCGUCACUCGUCCCAACUUCUCAUCCUGAACCCACCCCUCUUGCAGCCCGCUCAGCUCCACUGGCUUCCCCGUCAGAAACCUGAAUUACCUAAAUAGUAGUAAGAAGGGUGCUGCGACCCUACAAAGUGAUCAAAUAUCAAACAAAGAAUUACUCUGUACAAGGCCAGAACAAAUAUAUCAAAGUAAUCCUCAAGUAUCAGAACAAAAUAAUAGGCUGUAACAGAGGAGGAAAUGAUUUUGAAUAGCCUCUCUCUGUGUUACCAUAAUAAGCUAAUCCUGGCCCCAAUGGUUCGGGUAGGGACUCUUCCAAUGAGGCUGCUGGCCCUGGAUUAUGGAGCGGACAUUGUUUACUGUGAGGAGCUGAUCGACCUCAAGAUGAUUCAGUGCAAGAGAGUUGUCAAUGAGGUGCUCAGCACAGUGGACUUUGUCGCCCCUGAUGAUCGAGUUGUAUUCCGCACCUGUGAAAGAGAGCAGAACAGGGUAGUCUUCCAGAUGGGAACUUCAGACGCAGAGCGAGCCCUUGCUGUGGCCAGGCUUGUAGAAAAUGAUGUGGCUGGUAUUGAUGUCAACAUGGGCUGUCCAAAACAAUAUUCCACCAAGGGAGGAAUGGGAGCUGCCCUGCUGUCAGACCCUGACAAGAUUGAGAAGAUCCUCAGCACUCUUGUUAAAGGGACACGCAGACCUGUGACCUGCAAGAUUCGCAUCCUGCCGUCGCUAGAAGAUACCCUGAGCCUUGUGAAGCGGAUAGAGAGGACUGGCAUUGCUGCCAUCACAGUUCAUGGGAGGAAGCAGGAGGAGCGACCUCAGCAUCCUGUCAGCUGUGAAGUCAUCAAAGCCAUUGCUGAUACCGUCUCCAUUCCUGUCAUAGCCAAUGGAGGAUCUCAUGACCACAUCCAACGGUAUUCGGACAUAGAGGACUUUCGACGAGCCACGGCAGCCUCUUCCGUGAUGGUGGCCCGAGCAGCCAUGUGGAACCCAUCUAUCUUCCUCAAGGAGGGUCUGCGGCCCCUGGAGGAGGUCAUGCAGAAAUACAUCAGAUAUGCGGUGCAGUAUGACAACCACUACACCAACACCAAGUACUGCUUGUGCCAGAUGCUACGAGAACAGCUGGAGUCACCCCAGGGAAGGUUGCUCCAUGCUGCCCAGUCUUCCCAGGAAAUUUGCGAGGCCUUUGGCCUUGGUGCCUUCUAUGAGGAGACCACACAGGAGCUGGAUGCCCAGCGGGCCAGGCUCUCAGCCAAGACUUCAGAGGAGACAGGGGAGCCAGCUGAAGAUACCUCUGGUGUCAUUAAGAUGGCUGUCAAGUUUGACCGGAGAGCAUACCCAGCCCAGAUCACCCCUAAGAUGUGCCUACUAGAGUGGUGCCGGAGGGAGAAGUUGGCACAGCCUGUGUAUGAAACGGUUCAACGCCCUGUAGAUCGCCUGUUCUCCUCUAUUGUCACUGUUGCUGAACAAAAGUAUCAGUCUACCUUGUGGGACAAAUCCAAGAAACUGGCGGAGCAGGCUGCAGCCAUCGUCUGUCUGCGGAGCCAGGGCCUCCCUGAGGGUCGACUGGGUGAGGAGAGCCCUUCCUUGCACAAGCGAAAGAGGGAGGCUCCUGACCAAGACCCUGGGGGCCCCAGAGCUCAGGAGCUAGCACAACCUGGGGAUCUGUGCAAGAAGCCCUUUUUGGCCUUGGGAAGUGGUGAAGAAAGCCCCUUGGAAGGCUGGUGACUACUCUUCCUGCCCUAGUCACCCCCUCCAUGGGCCUGGUGCUAAGGUGGCUCUGGAUGCCACAGCAUGAACCAGAUGCCAUUGAACAAUUUGCUGGUCUUGACUGGCAGGAGUUAGAUGUCCUGGCAGGGGCCAUCAGCCUAGAGCAUGGACCAGGGGCCGCCCAGGGGUGGAUCCUGGCCCCUUUGGUGGAUCUGAGUGACAGGGUCAAGUUCUCUUUGAAAACAGGAGCUUUUCAGAUGGUAACUCCCCAACCUGACAUUGGUACUGUGCAAUAAAGACACCCCCUACCCUCACCCAUGGCUGGCUGCUUCAGCCUUGGGCAUCUUCAUAAA